CUCCGAAUCGGAAACUCUGGGUGUGUGGAGUCUAUUUUAACAAGCCCUCCAGGUGAUGUAGGUUCACAUUCAAGUUUGAGAACCGCUGUGCUAAACUCAUUCCAAGGCUGUAGACGGUCAUCUUUGGGCUUGGUGAAGGGUGGGUGGCAGGGACAACGUAGCUGCGGAGCCCAUCCACUUCUACUCCUCGCCUCUCCCAGCACCUGCAACUUCUUCACUUUCUGCUGGAACCCAGGUUCUUGGCCUCGCGUCCCCUCCUUGAAAGCUGCGGCCAAAACCCGGCAGUGGAUUCUGAGUGUGCGGGCCGGGAAGCCGACCGCGCAUGCGCAGAGGGGCGAGCGCAGCAACUAGGCGGGCGCGGAGAGGGAGCCGCAGAGCCGACCUGCGGGCGCUGCGAUCCCCAGCCGGAGCUGCAGUACGACCGCAGCAGGAAGUGUCCUGUCACUCAAGCCCCACCUGCCAAUUUGCUGGUCUUGAAACCAAAUUCCUUGUCCUGGAAUGCUUGCUUGCCUUCCUCCCUGCUGCCCGUGCUGCCAGGUGUUUCUCAGCUGUGACCUCUUCCUGGAAGCCUUCCUGGAUUGCUGCAGCUGUAGUUGCUGAAGACGCAUACUAGGAUUACAGAUACAAAGUCCUGAAGGAGUCUUUCCUGUCCAAAGAUGGAAAAUAGCACUACCACCAUCUCCCGAGAGGAGCUUGAAGAACUGCAGGAAGCAUUUAAUAAGAUAGAUAUUGAUAACAGUGGGUAUGUUAGUGACUAUGAACUUCAGGACCUAUUUAAGGAAGCAAGCCUUCCUCUUCCCGGCUACAAGGUACGCGAGAUUGUGGAGAAAAUUCUAGCGGUUGCGGACAACAACAAAGAUGGCAAAAUCAGUUUUGAAGAGUUUGUGUCACUAAUGCAAGAGUUAAAAAGCAAAGAUAUCAGCAAAACAUUCCGAAAAAUAAUUAACAAGAGGGAAGGGAUUACUGCUAUUGGGGGAACUUCAUCCAUUUCCAGCGAGGGCACACAGCAUUCUUACUCAGAGGAAGAAAAAGUGGCUUUUGUUAACUGGAUAAACAAGGCCCUGGAGAAUGAUCCUGACUGUAAGCAUCUCAUACCCAUGAAUCCCAAUGACGACAGCCUUUUCACGUCUCUUGCAGAUGGCAUCCUUCUUUGCAAAAUGAUCAACUUAUCUGAACCAGAUACAAUUGAUGAAAGAGCCAUUAAUAAGAAAAAGCUCACUCCUUUUACUGUUUCUGAAAAUCUAAACCUAGCCCUGAAUUCUGCUUCAGCCAUUGGUUGUACAGUGGUCAAUAUUGGUGCACAGGACCUCAAAGAAGGAAAACCUCACUUGGUCUUGGGACUUCUCUGGCAGAUCAUCAAAGUUGGUCUUUUUGCUGAUAUUGAGAUUUCCAGGAAUGAAGCUUUGAUUGCAUUGCUAAAUGAAGGUGAAGAACUAGAGGAGCUGAUGAAGCUUUCUCCUGAGGAGUUACUGCUGCGAUGGGUGAACUACCACCUCACCAAUGCAGGGUGGCGUACCAUCAGCAACUUCAGCCAGGACAUUAAGGAUUCAAGAGCAUAUUUUCAUCUGCUUAAUCAGAUUGCCCCUAAAGGUGACCGAGAAGGUGGAUCUGCCAUUGCCAUUGACCUUUCAGGAUUUAAUGAGAAAAAUGACCUGAAGCGUGCUGAAUUCAUGCUUCAAGAAGCAGAUAAACUAGGCUGCAGACAGUUUGUUACUCCUGCCGAUGUGGUUUCAGGCAAUCCCAAACUUAAUUUAGCCUUUGUAGCUAAUCUUUUUAACACAUAUCCAUGCCUUCACAAACCUGAUAAUAAUGACAUCGAUAUGAAUUUAUUGGAAGGAGAGAGCAAGGAAGAGAGGACCUUUCGGAACUGGAUGAAUUCCCUGGGGGUCAACCCAUACAUUAAUCACCUGUACAGUGACCUUGCAGAUGCUCUGGUGAUCUUCCAGCUCUAUGAGAUGAUCCGAGUGCCAGUUGACUGGAACCACGUCAACAAACCUCCUUAUCCUGCUCUCGGAGGGAACAUGAAGAAGAUUGAAAACUGUAACUACGCAGUGGAGCUUGGGAAGAAUAAGGCCAAAUUCUCCUUGGUUGGUAUUGCUGGGCAGGACCUAAAUGAAGGGAAUUCAACACUUACUCUGGCACUGGUAUGGCAGCUGAUGAGAAGGUAUACAUUGAAUGUGUUAUCAGAUCUUGGAGAGGGUGAAAAAGUAAAUGAUGAAAUUAUUAUUAAAUGGGUCAACCAGACUCUUAAAAGUGCAAACAAAAGUACUUCUAUUUCCAGCUUCAAGGAUAAAUCUAUUAGCACAAGUUUACCUGUCCUAGACUUAAUAGAUGCCAUUGCACCAAAUGCAGUUCGUCAGGAAAUGAUCAAGAGAGAAAACUUUUCUGAAGAGGACAAACUGAACAAUGCUAAAUAUGCCAUUUCAGUUGCUCGAAAGAUUGGUGCUCGGAUUUAUGCAUUACCUGACGACCUUGUAGAAGUAAAACCAAAGAUGGUUAUGACGGUGUUUGCAUGCUUAAUGGGAAAAGGACUGAACAGAAUAAAAUAAUGAAACUGAUAUGGUCAUCUGCCACAUUAAAGUGAAUGCCUCACAGUUUACAGAAUUAUGAAAUGUAGUGGGUAUAAAAUCAGAGUAUUGUAUGCUUCAAAGUUAUAUAUUCAUUAAUGAAUUUAACAUUCUGUUUAUAUUAGUUAGAAUUUAUCAUCUUUUUGGAUAACACCAUUUAUUUACUAAUCAAUACUGACAGUAGAAUGUUUGUUAUUAAGCUGAUGUUUCAUGAUUAAAUUACUUUUGUUUCCUAAAAGUCUAACAGAAGCAAUAUUAAUUCAUUCUUUUUCCAUGGUUCAAAAAAAAAAAAUCAGUACAAAAAUGUUUUUGCAGGUCCUGC